GUCAGCUCGGAGUCAGCGAGGGCUUCAGCGCAGGCGUCAGCGGAUGUGCUCCAGGCUCAUCUGAGACAUCAGCGGAUCGAUUGUGUGGACCGCCUGGGACUACAGUGCGCUUAUUCCGGUGGUCAGCUGGGACGUCGGUGAGAUUACUUCGAAGCUCAGCAGAAACUACAGUGAGUGCUAACAUCGGUGAGAUUGAUUACUUCGAAGCUCAGCAGGGUCAUCAGUGAGAUUGAUUCAAAGCUAAGCAGAGUCAUCAGCGACAUUAUUUCGAAGCUCAGCGGGAUCAUCAGUGAGAUUGAUUCGAAGCUCAACAGGGACACCACUCAGCAGAGACCUCAACGGGACCUUCUCCGGAGCCCAACCGAGACCUGAGCAAGCAUCACCUGAAGAUGAUCUAGGGCCCUCCUAACCCUGUCGACCACCUCCAUGGGCCAUCCCGCGAAGCAUUGCUGGGAGCUCUGACCGAACACCGGCUGGCACCGCCGACCUGUCUGCUCACGGUCUCUGCGACCUGUCCACAAAGCGGCGCACCCAGGCGGCGUGUCGCCAUGCCGUUGCGUCACCGCCGGCGAGCCGGAGCGCUGGCGCCGCCUCUGGCGCGGCUGCUGUUGCCGCCGCUGCUGGUGUUCGUGCUGGCGCGGACAGCGAGCAGCGAGACGCAGCCGUCCCACGGCAAGACGGAUCUCGUGGAGCGUCUGCUGGUGGAGUACGCGCCGCUGCUGUACCUCCACCCCGAGGAGCGCUGGCUGCCGGCCGACGUCAGCGACUUCAUAGCGCACGUCAAGGUGCUGGAGCCGGGCGGCUUGAGGCCGGUCAUCAACUCCAGCCUGCCGGCCGGCAGCCGCAGCCUCAACUCGCAUCUGGUGGCUCAGCUACCUCGAGACCUGGGCUCCGAGAACGUCCAGCCUCCGACACACCUGCGCGGCACCAGUCCCGCCUCUGGCAACGUGCCCGUGUACGUGUCGCUGACCCGGUGUGACCGCGAGGCGUCCGGGGCGGCCCGGCCGCGCGGCGCCCUGCCCAGCUUUGUCGCCACGUACUGGACCUUCCACCCGUUCAGCGAAGGCAAGAAGGCGGCCGGCCGCCUGCGCGGAAGCCACGUCGGCGACUGGGAGCACGUCAGCAUCAAGGUCCAGGACGGUGCACUCGUCUCCAUCUACCCGUCCGCUCACGACUUCGGGGCCUACUACACCUACAAUCCGACGACGAGAGACUUUCGCCUCACGUCGCAGAACAACAGAGGCAGGUUUCCAGUCAGCCCAGAGUACGCGCCCAUUCUGAAGGUGCGGGGCACUCACCCCGUGCUGUACGUCGCGAAAGGCUCUCACGGGCUUUGGCCGGACGCGGGGGUGCAGGUGUUCAGCCGGCUGGCUCAGCUGUCGGACGUCACGGCGCCGGGCGUACCGUGGCGCACGUGGCGGCGGCUCGUGCUGCUACACCGGCAGCCGCCGCAGUGGCUCCAGUUUCUCGGUCGCUGGGGCAACCCGGCCGGCUGCUGGCACCUGUGGCGCUCGCUGUGCGCCAACAGUGGCGGGCCCACCGGCAUCCCGCUCAAGGUGCCCGACUUCCAGUGUCCGACCAGCGGCGCCGGCCGCGCCCCGCGCUGGGGCCAGCUGCUGGCCAAGGGACGGUGAGCGGCCGCUGCUGGGGAUGUGGAGCGAGCUGGAGACGCAGCUGCUGGAUGGCAACGAUGCCUGUGCCUCACGCUGAGUUCUCGGCCCAACUCUCUCAGCUGACUCCUGUGAGCGAUCGGCCCACGCCCAGACGCGAAUGCCUGUGCUUGGGGCCAAGUCGGAACCAGUGCUGAAAGCUCCGGGACGCCGGAUAUCGCGGUGCGGGGCACAUCACUCGCGUCAUCGCCAAAGAACCGUGCUCUGACUCGUAGCGACGAGUGACGCUGCGUCAGCGUGUAAUGCUUCACAAGGCGUGAUAUUACGUCCAUGUUACGUGUCAGGCAGGUUCUUCACGUACGGCAAUGAGUCGUCAGCUGUGCGUACGUUGAGCCGUGGGCUACCACAUGUGUGGAAGCUUUGUUCUAAGAAGAAACUGGUGUGCAUUCAGUCCAGCAGUAUUGUUUCCUCUGCAAACAUGACUGUCUCAUUUAGCAGAUUAUAUCUUAUGCGGGCA